AUGGCGACUUCCAUUCCUGAAGCGCUCCGGAACGUGAAAGCCCUGACUUUCGACGUAUUUGGCACGGUUGUAAAUUAUCGCUCGAGCGUCCAGCGAGAACUCGUGAAGCGCGCCCGGGAGAAGGUGGCGUCUCCGGCCUUCGGCACAUUGCCCGAGCCGUCGCAGGCUCGCCUAAAAGCAAUGACGGACGACGAUUGGGCCACGUUUACUCAGGAAUGGAGGACGACAUACUACGUAUUUACGCGGGAGUUCGUGCCCGGCAAGUCGGAGUGGAAGGACAUCGACACUCACUUCUACGACGCACUGCGCGAGCUUCUGGACAAGUGGGGACUCGCCGGCAUCUACGCGGACGACGAGGUGCGGUCCAUCAACCAGAUCUGGCACAAGCUCGAUCCUUGGGACGACUCCGCGGCAGGCAUCCAGCGGCUGGGGACGCGACUCGUCACAUCGACGCUGUCCAACGGCAACCAAUCGCUCCUCAGAGAUCUCAACGAGUACGGGGGUCUGGGCUUCCGGAGAAUAAUAUCAACUGCCGAUUUUGGCGCGUAUAAGCCGCACCCGAGUACGUAUCUAGGCGCCGCGGAUGCCCUUGGCUUUCGGCCCGACGAGGUGGCUAUGGUUGCGGCUCACCUGGGGGACCUCGCCGGAGCGCGGGCGAACGGUCUCAGAACGAUCUACGUCGAGCGGCCUAUGGAAGAAGCUUGGGACGUUGGGGAGGACCGCUACAAGGAAGCUCGGGGAUGGGUUGACCUCUGGAUUGCUGAAGGCGAAGACGGUUUUCUUGAAGUCGCCAAGAGACUCGGUAUACCUGAGUGA